AUGUUUGAGCAAAUUGCUUCAACCGCUUGGAUAGCUUUCUUAUUCCUUCUAACUAUUCCUAUCAAUGCUCUACAUUUAGAUAUUCCAGCCACAAUGCACCCUGACCCCAUCUGUAUUCGUGAUUUCACUAACGAGGGUCAAUUAGUGGUUCUUCAUGUUCAUUCUGAUGGUUCUGUUGGUGAUGGCCAAAAAUUGAGUCUAUUUGUCCGUGAUUCUCAUGGCAACGAAUUCCGUAACAAAAAGGAUUUUGCUGGUGAUAUCAAAGUUGCUUUUACUGCACCAUCUACCUCUUCUUUUGACAUCUGUUUUGAAAAUGUUGCACAAUCUCAAGGUAGAUCAAUGUUUAGAUCGGUUGAACUGGACACUGAAAUUGGCUCUGAAGCUCGUGACUGGAAUUUAAUUAGUGCAAAUGAAAAAUUAAAACCAAUUGAGGUUGAAUUACGUAAGAUUGAAGAAUUGACUGAUGAAAUUGUUGAUGAAUUAGCAUAUUUGAAAAAUAGAGAAGAAAGAUUGAGAGAUACAAAUGAAUCCACCAAUAGUAGAGUUCGUAACUUCUCUAUUUUAAUUAUUGUCAUAUUGGCUUGCUUAGGUACAUGGCAAGUCAAUUACUUGAGAAAUUUCUUUAAAGCUAAACACAUUAUUUAA